AUACGUAAUUGCAAGGUAUAAUUUAUUGGUGAAGUGAAAACAAUGUCGGUCGAAGUAAACUUCAAACUUUUGAAAUGUUUGGUUGAAUUUCAAACGCUUUCCCGCUUGUUUUGAACAAAAGGAGGUUUUAUUUUCGAGAUAGGAUUGUAUUUGGUUGUUGUUUGACAAUAGUGAAUAUUUUUCGGCGUCGACUUCGAUAAAAAGUGUUUGUAUGAAACUUGUUGGCACGAGGUCGAUUAUAGAAAUUUCGGAAUAUCAAUAUGAUGACCAGCGAGAAUUACUCUACCCCGAAGAAAUAUAGAGUGGAAGCGAGCCGAGAAUUAUAUGACAAAGAAAAUAAUAUAAAGGACACGUCGGCUUUUAAGGAUAACAGCAUGACUGUUGCAUAUGAGGGAACAGACAUUUCAAACACAGAGAAUGUUAGUUGCGACAGUUCAUCAACGCGGCGAAAUCGGGCAAGACGAAGCAGGGAUCAAGUUUCGCACGAAAACUCGCAGAAUAACGAAGAAAUGCAGGUUGAAGGCGCUACUGCGGUAGCUGAAAAUCCGAAAUCGUUGAAGAAAGAAAAGCCUUCUGGCAAAAAACGAAAAGAGAGAAAAAAUUUAAGGGAGAAACGUCGUUCGACCGGUGUCGUUGUAAUGCCUGGUCUAGGAGCAAAUGAUGAGCCAGCAGAUGAUGGUAAGCAGACCACUAUCGAGAAUACUAAAAUGAACGAAAGCAUUGGAAGUGAAGAUUACUCACCAAGUCUCAGCGAGGUAUCAACAGCAUCUACCCCAAGCAGGACCAGCAGACGUGAACAUGACGAUGUGGACGCUGAACGCCUUGACAAGCAGGACUUACUUGAUCGAAUCGAACAACUAGAAAAGGCCUUGGAACAAAAAACGAAGGAGGUUGAAACACUUAAAAGUGAAAAUCAAGCGUUGCUGCGUGUCGUGAACCAAGUUUCGAGUUUAAAGAUUAAAUGAUUAUUGAAAAUGAUGAUUUCAAUACAAUGUAUAGAGGUUAUGCACAUAAGUAGCCGUAUUGUUUGUCUCGCUGCUUGUCAUGACACUGAAUUUGUGAAAGAUAUUUUUAUAUGAUUUUUGUACUGUCAAAGGCAGCCACGUCGCAUGUGUGCCGCUAUAGUUAUGUAGGUAUUCGUCUGGGCCAAUUGUAUAAGUAUCGAUUUGAAAUAAUUUGUUCCCCUCCCCUCGAAAUAUGUUGGGUGAAACUUAGACAACAUUUAGGAAUGAUACGAGUUGUAUACCAAAGUUGUCUCGUGUUUUUUUUAACAGUACGUUUGUAAUUUUGACACUUGAACAACUGAACUCAUAAAAUUUGUUACUCUCGUUAUCUUAUUUCAGAAAAGGGUGUACCAACUAAAAGUACUAGACACAAGGUAGUUUUAUUCAUUAACUUAAGAUAAUAAAGUUAGUACUUUUGUGCGAACUAUUUGGUUCGGCGAUGAAAAUGGUGAUAUAUUUCACUCGUGAUUCUUAACUUAUUCAAUUGGUCCAGGUCGCGAGAAUGUUGCUGUUUUUAGCAACGCUAGGCAUUGUGGAUUGGGCAUGAGUUAAAUUAAUUGAGGCUGAUCUCAUUCAUGAAACUUA